GUGUGUUAUGCUUUAUCAUCUGCUGUUGCCAAAGUCUGCGGCUUGCAUUAUUUGCCUGGUAACGCGAGGCUUGAGACGAACGGCGGACCUGAGCCGCACUAUAAAUUUUCGAAUUUUGACUAUUCUAUUUUAGUCUCGGUUUAGUGAAAGGAGCCACGGGUCGGAAGCUAGCACCAUGAAUAUUACAGUGGCGACCGUCACCGACCAGGUGUUCCCGCUGAACGUCAGCGAGGACCUGGAGCUGGAGAACCUGAAGGCCUUCUGCGAGGUCGAGUCCGGCGUUCCGGCCAACCAGAUCCAGCUGACGUUCAACGGCCAGCCGCUGAACGACGACAAGAAGACCCUGAAGGAGUACGGCAUCAAGGACGGCGACAUGCUCUUCAUGCAGCAAGGCCCUGUGCAGCAGGGCUUCCUCCCCUCCCAAGCGCCCCCCAUUGCAGGAGGUGCCGUGGGCGCGGGACUGCCCUCGUUCGACUUCAGCAACAUCCAGGUUCCGCAUGGUGCCGCGGCCUCCUCCUCCCCCUCCUCCGCCAGGCUGUCCGCUGCGUCCUCCGACAACCCGGCGGUCAUCAGGGAAAUGCUGCUCGCGGACCCGAGUGCCUUGUCCUUGCUCAAACAGAACAACCCAAGGCUCUCGGACGCCCUCGUUUCAGGAAGUUUAGAGCGAUUUGCGCAAGUGCUAAAGGAGCAGCAGGAAGCCAAGGCUGAGCAGGAGCGCCUCCGUCUGCGGAUGCUGAACGCCGAUCCCUUCGACUCAGAAGCCCAAAGACUGAUUGCCGAGGAGAUUCGGAAGAAGAACAUUGAAGCUAACAUGGAGGCGGCUAUGGAGUACAACCCUGAGACCUUUGGCACGGUCGUCAUGCUCUAUAUCAACUGCAGGGUCAAUGGACACCCAGUCAAAGCGUUUAUUGACUCAGGAGCACAAACCACCAUCAUGUCUUCCGAGUGCGCCGAGAGAUGCAACAUCAUGCGUCUGGUGGACCAGCGGUGGUCGGGCUACGCCAAGGGCGUCGGCAUUCAGCGCAUCAUUGGCCGGGUCCACAUGGUGCAGAUCCAGAUUGAGAAAGACUUUCUCACCUCGUCCUUUUCCAUCCUGGAGCAGCAGAAGAUGGACAUGCUCUUGGGCCUGGAUAUGCUCAAAAGGCAUCAGUGCACAAUCGACCUGAAAAGAAACAUCCUCCACAUCGGCACGACCGGCACGGAAACGCCGUUUCUCUCCGAGAGCGACUUGCCCGAGUGCGCGCGGCUGAGCGGGCAGGACACGUUGGACGAGGAGAAGAUCAUCGAGGAGAGCAGGAGGCAGGCGGAGCACCAGCAGAUGGCCGAGGCGAUGGAGCGGAGCCAGUCGGCGACGGCGGCCGGGCCCAGCGCCAGCUCGAGCGGCCGCCUCUCCGACCCGGCCACCACCAUCAUGCCCAACGACUCCUUCUCGGAGGCCACGGUCAAAGAGCUGAUGGCCCUCAGCUUCUCUCGCGAGCAAGUAAUUUCAGAGCUGCGACGCUUCAAUGGUGACAAGACGCAGGCCACGGCCGCCCUCUUCGCCAAGAGCCUCAAAUUCUAAAGCUGAGUGAUAUCCAGCUACGUUUAAGACUAUUUUAUUGCAAAUAAUGAAGCAUCUAUUAUUAACUUUCGAAAUAGUUGUACUGUACUUCUCCGCUGACGAGUCCAGCUUGAGCGGCUGGCCCUUCAGGGUUGUAAUACUGACUGUGUUUAUUUUGUAUCUUGUGGGGUUGCAAUAAAGCUAUUUAACAAAAAUCAA